ACUUACAUUUCCAUUACUACGACGCCAAAAUAAAUCGUAAUUUCUUAUCCAUAAAGUAAUUCCACUUUAUCAUAUUACGAUUGCUCCACUUAGAUAAUUCAUAUGUAUUAUCGAAAUUAUCGAAAUUUUAACGAAAACAUAGGUUAGAACCAUAUCACUUAACGACUCUCGUUCCAAAGUUUAGAAUUUAUCGCAUGAAUUUUCGUAGUGUAUAUCUAUACAAAUAUAUCCCUCGUUACAAUUCACUAUAGUAAUUCUCUAAACUUUCCAUUAACAACUUCGACAAUCCUCCAGUUUCUAACCAAAAACCGAUUCAAACGUGGACGAGUAGAACGAAACUGUCACCGAUCGGACGUCUGACACAACACGAUCGUAUUCUACUGUGCUCAUUGCAUAAAGCUGCAUUUACAUCGAACGUAGAACGUAGAACGUUGCCUCGGACGUUGAAACGUGGGGACAGGAUGGCAGGAAGGAGCCGGGAACCUCGGCCAGACCUUGAACGACAGUGUUCAUCCCUCGUGAAUCGUCGCGACGUGCGGAGCUGGUCUUCGUUCGAUUAAAGGGGAGGAUUGGAAGGACGAAGGGUGGAGAGGGGUGGCGUCGCGAGCGGCGUGAUCGAGAUGAGCGAUCUACAGGCCACACUCGAGUUCUCCCUCGAGCUUUGCAAGUUCUACAAUGUCGACCUGUUCCAGCGUGGGUAUUACCAGAUACGAACCGCCCUCAGAGUGUCGCCGAAACUGCCUGUCAAGGUGGAGGUUAACCAGCUGCGGAACCACUCGUUGGAGGCGCCAGGGACGAGCAAGCGGUUUCAGAUCCUUUACAGAAACGAGGAGGUGACACUCGGCACCUCGGUCCUAUUCCGUGCUCACGUGCUCGUGCACAGUCACAAGAUCGAGGAGGUGCUUUCCCGAACCCACUUCAAUCUCGGUGUCGAGCUAUGGUUCAGCGAGCCAACGCAGCCUGGGAACAUGGCCUGCGUGUCCUCUAGGGCGUUGCAGCUGAACUUCGCGCCCACGAAGGGACUUCACUAUCAUUUGCCGGUGCUCUUCGAUUACUUUCAUCUUGCCGCAGUCUCCAUCACGAUCCAUGCCUGCCUCGUGGCCCUUCAUCAACCCUAUAUCAAGAAGAGCAUACUUCAUUAUGUGCAGAGCUGCGCGCCGCGUGGAGGGAAGCCGUGGCUGCAAUUUAAACAGUCUGCAGCGAACGGAGACAACAAUGCCCAGUUAGGAAAUAUCGAAACGACGACGAGAUGCGUCGGCUCGGCCACGAGAAUCCAACACGCGAAACUGGUUCAACAGGAAGUAAUCAGGUUACUUUUGGCCGCAAGGGAAUCUUUGCUCAACGACUUGGCCGAUUUAGCGCGGUUGCUACCUUCUUGCCAACAAAGGGCGCUCGAGCUCGCUCAGAACACGCACAAAGAAAUUACCAAGUUGCAGAUGAUGGACACGGAGGAAACCGAUAUCGCUCAACUCUGCGCACAAAAUAUCGUUCUCUGGCAACACUUUCUGGAGGUGUUCUCAGGGCGUGAAGCUGUUCAUCAGCAUCUUGCGAGGAUCCAUCAUCAAUUGAGGGUGAAACGUUUCGCGGAAGGUUUCUUCGUGUUGGAGAAUCCCAGGACAUCUGCGUGGGGUUGUUACGACGCGAAUUAUCAGUCGUAUCAGGCAGUGAGCGAGGCUGCACGAAGAUCGCGAUAUCUCGCCUCUUUGCCUCCAUUGCCAGUGCAUUGUCCGGAAUUGGACGGAGAUCUUCAUUCCCUGCCUUUGAUCUUCGAGGAUCAGUACGUGGAUAUGAAACAGAGGCACAGAAACAGCGUUCCCGGUAUAGAUGACUGUAGUUGCGGAAUCGCAGCGAUUCUCGAGUCUCGAUCUAUGGGCAUCUGGUCGCCAAGGAGCGAAGGUGCAGCCCAGGACAUCGGAUCUGUGCAAGGCCGGCUGACGCUCACGCCCUCCACGCUUCCUGCCAGGCACAGCAAAUCCUUGGACCAACUCGGUCCGGAUAUCGCCCAACCAGUUCAACCAAGAACCUCGCCAAAGACUCUUCCUCGAUCGGUGUCCACGCAAUUGUUUCCGAGACAAAGAGGCGGAAGCCGAAACGUUACACCGCCAGCGACAGUUCCUUCGAGAGGAAGGCAAAGAUCGACAGCGCCGUCCAGUAGCACGCUUUUCCCUCCUUCCGGCCAGCAAGCCUGCUCCGCGCCAAAUCCAUCCCUUGGAUCGACACCGGUCGUUCCCUUACCACGUGCCAAAUCCACGCAGAUGUUGGUGCUACCUGGGCAACAGACCGAUCCUCAGAACACCUCGAUUACGUCGCUCCUUGCGGCCAUGUUCCCCGAACUGCCACCUGGUGGACAGUUGCCUGGUUAUAGACCGUCGAACAAGUCGUGCGAACAAACGCUCACCGUGCCCACGUGUUUGGGAACGAUGGAUCAUGGCCAGAUGACAGACUGCUGGAACGAGAAUAAAUCUCCCAACGUUGCUGAAGAUUAUCACUCCCUGGACACAAGAAGAAUUCGCCUAGAGCCACGCAGUCAUCGACUAGCAUCACGCCAACCAUUAUCCACGACUACCAACGAUCAAACCAACUUCCUCUCUAACAAGGCAAGCGUCAAUGGCGACACUUUCUUUCCAGAACAACAGCCUCUUCACACGGCUACCCUGGACAGGGUGACGUAUCGUGGCAAUUCACGCAAACAGAUUCAUCAAACGGGCGGCAAAUACAGUCAAACGAACGGACUGGAGUCUCGUAGGUAUCACACGAUCGGGAAGACCGGCUCAGGAUUGAAUCAACGGAAUCGAGAGAUCCAGGAGUCGAUGAAUGGCGGAAAUGGAUUGCCUAGCAGUCACUCGAUGAUGGUUGAUCCUUUGUACAAAAGGUCGAAUUACACAUCGAAUACCACGGAUUCGUUCUUCUAUCGCACCAAUGGCACCAGCGGACGGACACACGGGGAGGCAGAUAGACCCAGAAGACCGAAGAGCACGGAGAGAUUGGUGGACGACGUCGAUCGUAACGAGUACUGCGAUUUCCGAAGGGAAAGGCCGAGGAGAAGAGAGGAGAGAGCUGCUGUCAAGUCGCCUCGAAAUGGCGUGACACCGUGUUACGCCGGGGAAGAGAAGCACAGGAGGCAGCAGAACGAGGAGAAUAAAAUGCAGGAAUUGACCAAUGAGAUGUUCUACAAAGUGAUGACCGCGAUGUCGGAGCCGAAGAAGGAGCAGCAUCGAGCGACUGAGAAGAGGAAGGACAAGCACGGUCGAAGGCCGCAUUCAGCCCCUGUGCUGGACAUAGAUCAUCCGACUGAGGAGAGCAAGAAGUGCAGUCAUCGAAAUAGGAAACCGGCACCACCUCCUCCGGCUUAUCAAGACCCCGCUGUCGCUCCUUUGCCCAAGUAUCGCCCCCCACCUCCUGUACCUACCACGAACGUUUUGGAGGUGGAGAAUAAUAAUAAGAUUAUUUUGAAGGUGGAGCCCAUCAAAUCUCCCAUGGAGACACCAGCUACGAACGGCACGACGCCUUCCGACACAUCGAGCGCCGGCGCCCCGGCGCCGAGCGUGAAAAGACUGAGAUGCGCCAGCGUACCCGUGGCGCAGAACAAGGUGGUAGUGCCACGGAGCGCUGUUUCAUUGCCUUGCAUGCCUAUACGCGACAGCAAGGACAGCCUUAGCAACAAUCUUCCCGUCAUUCCGAACCCGCUCAGCCCGCCGUCCAGCAGACCAAGCAGCCCGACAACCAGCUCCAGUUCCAGCAACCUGACGUCCGAGUGUUCCGGUUGGGUGAGCAGCGGGGACACGUCGAGCUCGGAGCAGCGCAGGAACGCGAAGCUGUCGAGCGAGCAGCUUCGCCAGAAAUUAUCGAGAAUCGUGCCGAGGAAGGAGAGGCCACCCCCGACCAAGGAGAGCGUAGAAGAGCACUCGUACGAGGAGGUGCGCCUCCCACCGCCGAAGAUGUUCCAGGACGAGCCACCGCCCCCCGAGGAAUUCCGCGACCCCCCUGCCAUCAUCGACAAUCCUCUUUACCACGUUUACGAAACGGUGAAACCGGUCAGAAGUCCGAAACAGACGAAAACCGCCCCUUGCAGCCCUCAGAAGAAUAGGGAGAGAGAGAGGGAGAGGGAAAGCAGGGAUCCUCCGUACGGGGCCAGGGAUAUUUGUUUGGACUGUUAUCAAGAGGGGAAGGAGAUGUUGCAAUCGACACAGGACGAGGCGAUUAAUUUCAAGAAGUGCAAGGAGGAGUUCAAGAGGCAGAUGAGCUUCUCAGGGAAGAUAUACAGAGAACGAAAGGAAGCGCAGUUGCGUUUCCAUAAACGUGCCCAUUCCUUUGGAUACGGUGACUUCCUGACCCCGUCGUCGGUAAAACCUCUAAGAUCGAAUGUGCCUCUUAGUGAUUAUCCGACCCUGGCCUCGACCAUGCCGUACUUCCACAUCAGCAACGAGUAUCGGCUGUUCUCGCCGGAAGGUGCCCAUCUCAUCAUCUGUGUCCAUGGUCUCGACGGCAAUCCAGCUGAUCUUCGUUUGGUCAAGACGUACUUGGAACUCAGUCUUCCCGGGGCGCAUCUAGAUUUUUUAAUGUCCGAGAGAAAUCAGGGUGAUACUUUCUCGGAUUUUGAUACGAUGACCGAUCGAUUGGUAGCCGAGAUUCUCCAUCACAUCGAGACAUCGGGCCUGAACCCAACGAAAGUGAGCUUUAUCGGACAUUCUUUAGGGACCAUCAUCAUAAGAAGCGCUCUGACGCGGCCUCAAUUAAGACCGCUUCUUCCACGUUUGCAUACCUUUCUCAGCCUAAGCGGUCCACACUUGGGUACACUGUAUAACACCAGUGGAUUAGUUAAUGCAGGUAUGUGGUUCAUGCAGAAAUUGAAGAAAUCCGGCUCGUUGUUACAAUUGGCCAUGAAAGACGCGUCGGAUGUCAGACGAUCGUUCAUGUUCCGCCUCAGCCAGAAGAGCAAUCUUGAAAAGUUCAAACACGUCCUCCUGUGCGGUAGCGCGCAGGAUCGAUACGUGCCCCUUCAUUCCGCUCGUAUAGAGCUGUGCAAAGCCGCUGUGCGGGAUUCGACCGAUCAAGGCGCAGCGUAUCGUGAGAUGGUGCACAAUAUCCUCUAUCCAGUGAUGUCCUCUUCGGGGGUGAGUCUGGUCAGGUACGACGUGCACCACGCGUUGCCGGCUACGGCUAACGCGCUGAUUGGCCGAGCCGCGCACAUCGCCGUCCUCGAUUCCGAGCUUUUCAUCGAGAAGUUCCUGCUGGUCGCCGGUCUGAAGUACUUCAGAUAAGGAACGGACUGCCUAGCAACGCAAAAAAGUGAAUCGUUAAAUAGAAAAAUGAAAACAAAGAAGAAAAAGAUAGUUGGGGAAGAGAAAAAAUAAAAAAACCUAGUCUGAUAAUAGCGAAUUAUUAGCAGCAGGAAAGAAGAUGAAGAUGAAGAAGGAGAAGAAGAAAAAGAAAAAUAAUAAAUAGAUAAAAUAAAAUAAAAUAUCGAGAGCGGAUUCUCGUAACUCUCCGUGUCGUCUUCGAUCGCAUUAGGAUUAAAUUAACCCUCGUCCUGCUCGACAAUUGCCCCGCUUCUCCAACCUUGAACCGAUUUAAUUGGUUCUCCUUCGCGACGCUUCGCUCGUUUCUCUUCUUCCAACGAUCCGCAUCGUUAGAUCGUUAGAUCGAUCGGGAGCGGGGCAAUUCGACGUUUUUACACGAUAAAAAAAAAAAAGAAAAAAAGAAAAAGAAAAAAAAGUACGGCCGCAUCGUUCGAAACAACGUGUUUUAGAUAUGAACGUCGUCGAUCGAUUUCUCUCGUUAGGUUCCUAAGUGUCAUUCCAUCGAAACGUUAGCGACCAUCGAAGAUGAGCCAACGGAAUCGAGUGCGUCCCCUUCAUUCGCGAUUCAUCUAGCCAAAAAUGAACGAUUCUAAUGUAAAAAAAUGGACCUAUAUAUAUUGCCAACGCAAGAAGAACUAUGGGCCUACUUGCAUUGUUGUUUUCCGGCAACUAGCUUUCUGCCUGAAUGAGGGCAAAAGAGGGAAUGUGUCGGUCGAGAAUUGGUUUUGUAAUGGAUGGUUUGAUGGUUGUUUCGUGCUUUUGUCGUUGUUCGAUGCGAGAAUGCUUUUAGAGGAAAUAGCGUUUGGAAGAAAGCGUGUUGUUCCCUUGAGAAUAUAGUUAGAACUGUGGUGGAAAUUGGUGAUAGUAUUUAGCAUUUAAUUACAUAGUCUCUUAAUUAAAAGAAAAAUUACUUGUAUAUCUUUGUCGUGUUUUUCUUGAAAAAUUUAUUAAAUUUUAUAUUAGCAAUUAUUGUGAAUUGUUGUUUAUUGUGUUUGAUGAAAUCAAGAAAUUGUGGAUAUAUUUCGUUUUAAUGGAAUUUAUAUAUGUGUUAAAUUAUUCUUGCCGAUUAUAAGAACCGGAAAUACGAAUUGAAAAGUCAAUGAUUUAAAACUUGAAUUGAAUGGGAAUUGAUGAUAUAAUAUCCUAGCAAGAACUGGAAUUGAAAUCUCUUUUGCAGUGAUGAUAAAAUGUGAUAAUGUAAUGCUCCGCUUUUUUUUAUCUAUAUUCGAUCUUGUCACGAUAUUAUAAAUAUCUACACUAUUUAUUUUUCUAUCGAGAUAAAAUCGAUCUCCUUAUGUAACAAGCAUUCUAUUCAAUUAAUUGAUAAUUAAGAUAUUCUUUUAAUUUUAUUUUCAUUUAUCCGUUCGAUACAAAUUUACGAUAUUUUCAAAAUUAGAAAGUAACGCGAUAAUAUUUCAAAAUAAUCAAUAGAAAAUAUCGAUAAUUGUUAUGUAUAGGUAAACAAACAACAUCAAACCAUCCCAAACGCAUCUCGCCCGAUUCAAGUAUCGAGUUUUCGGCCUAUCACGAAACCCAAGGCAAGAAAAAUAAAAGGAGAAUUAGUCGAAUUAGUCAUCGUUCAGAAAUGAAAUAGGGAUAAGGAUCGAAUGAUCGAACGAUCCUUGUCAGCAUCCAUCAUCGUUGUCAUCGACAUUGAUUUCGAUUAAAGAAAAAAUCUGUUUAAAGAUCAUUCAUCGAAAAAAAAAAGAAACGAAAAAUCUCGUUCGCACAUCAAUAACGAAACGAGAAUGAAAAAAGAAAAAACUUAUACUCGCCUUUUUUUCCCCCCGUUUCUCUUUAAGACUUGAGAGAACGCAGCGACGUUGCGAAUCGCUUGACAGAUUUCACCGUGGCUUUCUUUAUCGUAGCCAGGUGUUGAACAAAAGAAGAAGAAAAAAAAAUGAAAAAAAUUACGUGGAAGAAAAAAAAAAGAAAAAUAUCGUACGAAGUACGUUGUAUUUGAAAAAAUAAUAAAAAAAAAAAAAGAAAAAGGAUUUAAAAGACAAUGCAGGGAUACAUUGUCUAGACGCUAGGAAAGUUACGAAACGCAUGUCAAUUGUUACUCUCAGAUAAGUGUGAGUGCGUGCGGUGUGCGGAGGAUGGAUGAGACGCGUAAUGUGUGAAAGGGAGAGAGAAAGAGAGAGAGAAAGAGAGAGAGAGAGAGUAUUCUAAUUUAAAAAAAGAAACGAAACACACAAAUAAAAAAAAAAAAAAGAAUAAAACAAAAUAAAAUGGCAAUGUAACGUUUUAAAGAAGAGAAAGAAAAAAAGUGAAGAGAUAUGUCAAGAAAUCAUCGAGAUUGUGAUAAGAAGAGGACACGAAAGAAUCGAGAUAAAAAACGGAGAAGAUUGAAGAUAUAUAAAUGGUGUUUUGAGUUCGAAUGGUGAAAGUGAAAAAUUGAAAAUGGUGAGAAAUCGACGAACAGGAGCAAGACGAGGAGGAGAAUAGGAAGAGAGACGAGGCAAGUGACUAAAUAUUUUCAGGUAUAUGAAAUCCCUCCAAUACUAGAUCUCAAUUGCUCAGAACAAUCUAAUUAAAAAAAGAAGAAAAUAAAAAAAAAAUAUAAUAAAAAAAAACAAAUGUUAUACAUUUAAUCGUAAAUCGAAGCAACGAAGACGCGUGGUUAAAUUUCGCGUCUGAUAAAUUGCUAAUCGUGAAUGUCAUCGAAAGUAUGGGAGAGAGAGAGAGAGAGAUGUGUAAUUUCGACGUUUUCUAGAGGGAAAAAGGAGAGGGCAUGAGGCGACGAGAUACGCUGUACGAUUAUAGCAAUUUAUUAUUUCAUAAGAUUUAAAAAAAAACAAAAGGUUAUAUUGAUAAUAUUUGAUUUGUGAUUUUAAGAAUUUUGUUUUCUUAAUGAUUAAUCAUCUAUUAUUUUAUUUUAUAAACAAUUAUUUUUAUAAGAAUUAUGUAAUUAAUCACUUUAUUAAAUGUUCAUUAUUUUAUUAAAUGAAAAUUUUCAAAUUAUUGUUUUAAGUUGAAAUAUUUUAAUAAUAAUAAUAUUAUAUUAUUUAAUAGAAAAUAUAUUAAUUUUGUUAAAAAUAUUAUUAAUAAUAUUAAUAUUCAGACACUAUAUACAGAUUUUUAAAUAUUCCAUUCUUAAAGUAAAAAUCUUUGAAUUUUUAAAUUUAUUAAUUAUUUAAUUUAUUUAUAAUUACUAUAUUUUAGAGAAAUAUAAUUCUUCUAUUAUUCAAUUUAUAAUGUUUUCAUGGCAAUAAAACAAUUUUAAUUUUGUUUUUUUACUUUGUAUGAAAGAAAGAAUUCAAAUAUUACAAAAAGAAUUGUAAUUAACAAACAUUGUAUUAAACUUACCAGAUAAUAAAUAUUCCAAAUAAUUAUCUCGUGUAUCUGAACAUUAACUUGAAUAACGAAUCAUCGAAACAGAAUAUAUAUAUUUAAAAUAUAUAUUUAACGAAGCGUCAUCUUUAUUUCAUUUUUCAGUAAACGAAAAUUGCAAUGUCGUACGGUGAUUCUCGCGCAAUAUCGUUAAUUGUAAAAUCCACUGCGCCCAAUCUAAACGUUUACCUAUGAAAUCGUCGUCGUGUAAGCCUUUUAACACCGUGACGAAAAUAAAAACGUUACGCGCACAUUCGAAUCGGUUAUACACGAUUCAUCUCUAAUUCUAAGAAACACGAGUACAGUUUCAUCCAGGACCACAAUAAAUAUCUCGUACUCGUCUUCGUUCGUCUGAAUUUCACACUCGUAAUUGUCAAGCACAAAAAAAAAAGAAAACAGUUUUUGGGAUUUUUCCUGUUCAGCUGUAAGAUCGCAUCGUUUCAAUUUUUUUUUUUCUAAUAUCUUUACGCUCUGUCGCUAUUUAUCGUUGAACUAUCGAGUGGAUUGGAAGUGAGGAGAAAAUGUUGUUCAAAUAUUCUGAGAAUGGUCUUUCCUUCGUGUUAUCAAAUGGAAGCAUUCGAAUGCAUUUGAAAAUUACUCUUACAGAGAAUCAUUCUCAAUGCAAUUUUCAUUUGUGAAAAGAUAUUCUCAAAAGUAACUCUCAAUAGUUUUAUUCCCAAAUAAAUUCGAAAUUUAAUUUGAGAUUAAAACUGUCAAAAAAUGUUCUAAAGAAUUAUUCAUUUCACUAAUGGAUGUUGCGUUGAGAGUGAAAAUUAUUGUCGACUUAUUGCUGUUUAUUCUUGAAUGUAUUUACUCUUUAAAAAAAAAAGAUUCCAAAAAUGUUGAAAAACUAUUAGAUCUUUUUUUAUUAUAAUGUAAUUUUAUCCACGGUUUUCUGAUAUUAAAAAUUUUUUCACUUGUUACAGUUUUAAUCAUUAUUAAUAUUACUUUUAAAAACUUUUCUAUAUUACCUAAAUAAAUUAUCUUAUCUUUCAUAUUAUCUUCAUAUAAUAUAUUUAAUUUUACAAAAUUACAUUAUCCUUUUUAUUUCAUUAAAAUAAUUCAUUUAAAAAUUGAUUUUAUCUCUUUUUAAUUAAUCAAUUAAGAUAAUUAUAAUUUAAAAAAAAACCAUUCUCAUUCUUUCAUUAUUGAAAGCCAAACCCAAAAGAUCUUCAGAAAAAAAAAACAAACUCAUCAAACUUAUCCCUCUCCCUUCGCUUCUCCUCCACUCUCCAUUAAUUAAAUAUCAAGCCGUCGUUCGUCGCACACUCGCACGUAUACCCUUUUUCUAAUCUAUUUGUAAUAUCUCGAAUGAUCGUAUCAAUCGCACGAAUGAUCUCGUUCCAGCGUCCUCGUGGCGCAUUUUCUUCGACGUCGUCAUUUUCUGUAUAAAUGGUCCCACUCGAAUUCUCGCGUUUCACGCGAAAGAAAAAGAAAACAGAGAGAAAAUAAGAGGAAGAAAAAAAUAAUCAUGGAGUAUGAAUCUUGUUUUAUCUCCUAUUGUCGAUCGAUGGAAAGAGAGCGAAAAAGGGGUGGAAGAGGACUCGAUGGGAUUAAAAAGAAACAAAGGGUUCGAAUGGAUUUGGAUCGAAAAAACUUUCAUUGCUGUCCUAUUGUUUGCUCAAUUGUAUGUCGUCGUAUCUAAUUGUACGAUUAAUACGCGGUUGUAGCCGGAUGUCGAUUUUUUACUCUUAUUCCCUCACCCCCUGUAAUGUUAAAUCAAUGUUUUUUAAAACUUUGGAGUUAAAUAAAAAAAAUAUAUAGAGGGGACAUUGUUGUUUGACUUAUUUUUCAUUUAAAGACAAUUUUGUCGAUUAAUAUUGAUUUUAUAUUAAUUCUGCAGUUUGUAACAUAUAUAUUUACGUAAUUGUAAAAAUAAAAAAUUUGUUAAUUUAGAUUUUUGACAAAUUCUUUUUUUGUUAAAUUUAUUCAUUUUUCUGUUAAUAAAACAGCAAGCUUUUUUUAUUUUUAUUUCAAAGAAAAUGAUAUGCAAAUCAUCAUGUUUUACUUAUAGAAAACAUGUUCCCUUUAUAAAUUUCAUUGCUCUAAAGUGAUUUUUAGCUUGAUCAUUGUGAAGAUUGAUGUACGAUGUUGGAAAAGUCCUCUUGCACGAUUGAAAUAAUAUCAAUUACGUAAAAGUAAAAAAAUUUGUUAACCAAAUUUUCUUAUAGAAUUUCUAUAAAUAAAUUUAGAAAUUAAUUUUACUAAAACAUCUAUAUAAUUCGCAAUUUAUAACUUAAAAUUAUAAUAUUACCACUUAAAAUUAUAAAAUAAAUUAUCAUGCAAGAGAUUUCAGAUAUAAACUUAUGAAUGAUUCACGCUUGCGCGAAUUUAGAUCAAGACAUCUUUUUAUAUCAAAUAAAUAAUUAUAAAUUAUUAUAAUAUAAAUAUAAUAAUCGAUUACCAACAAUUUACAAAUUUAUAUUAAUUAUAUAUUUGAAAUUGUACUUUUAUCUACCGAUAUUAUAUAACAUUUCACAAAAUGUAUCAAAUAUCAAACAUGGCUAACUUUCUAAUGUCUAAUUAUAUCUUCAAAAAAAAAAAAAAAAAGAAAAAAAACUUUACCAAGUUAAAAGUUUCGUUAAUUCUAAUCAACAAAUACAAUCGUUAACAUUCGCGUGAGCGUGAUCAGAAGAGAUUCGAAAAACGAGACACCAGUGUUCACGAGGCAUUAGGAAGCCUUUUCUUCAUCCCCUGAAGAGAGGCGUUCGCCCUUAUUUUCCUCGAUGGCCAACGUGCCAUUUGUCGUUCUUUUGUACAAUCUUUUGUGACGUGAUUUCGGCCGAACAGGAACGAGAGAACGAAUGGUUCUUUCGAAGCAAAGAGACGAAACGCGAGCGUUCGUUAAACCGGAUGGAGAAAAAGAAUGGAAAGAAGGAAGGAGAACGAGCGAGAAGGAAGAAAUACGCGACGAUAUGGAUGGAAAGAACGAUGUUUUCCAACGUUUUCGAUCGCGUUUCCUCCUCUUCUCUCGGAUAUUGCACGAUCGUUGGAACGUUUCGAUAGACCUCGCCCCUGUUAUUCGCUCGACAAUCGUAAACAGCGCAAUCGUAAUCGAGAGUCGAUAAACUCGAGUGUCGUUGGUGUAUGAAACGAUCGUCGAUCGAACGGUGGUUACGUUGUUUGCGGGGAGAUAUGAAGGAAUAUGAAGAUUGAGAGAAUGAGGGGAAUUAAAUCGAUGGAGAAUCGUUUGUAGUUGCGGAGAAUGCAACCGUCAAUGAACAACAAGUAACAACAAUGUAUACAUUAUACAUAAAUAUAUGGAUGCAUAUGAAAAGUGAAUAAAUCUACGUAUACAUAAAUGAGAUAGAUUAAUAAAAAAAAAAAAGCGGAGUCUUUGA